AUGUUUUUAUCGCCUUAUCUUAAAGGUAUCAGACAUCAUAGCGAUGUCUCAAUUCACACAAAUAACAACUAUAAUGUAGCUGUUAAUCAGAGUCAGAGUGAGAAUAUUGAUAAUGAUGCGGUUGUAGGUGAGCUUAGUGGAAGUGGCGGAUUAGUUGAUGCCAACACAUUACAACAGCAACAACAACAACAAUCAAUAUCAGAAGACGAUUCACUGAAUCCACAAGUAACCGACGAAGAUUCGUUUGAUUUACAAAAUGGAUUGAACAACAGUGGUGGUUCAAGUAAUAUCACUCACCAUGUAUACUAUAAUGGUGCUGCCACUACCUCAACUGGUAGUGGCACUCCUUCGUUUGGUAACUUCCGACGAAGACACAGCAGCACCUAUGAAAAGAGCAGCAUUCGCAAGUCAAUCAUUCCAAUCACCAAUCUGACAAUGUCAUCAUCGUCGUCAUCAUCGUCGUCUAGUCGAUCUCCUUCACCCUCACUCUACUCCUCAAUGCCAAACGAUAUCAAUGGUUUCGAACUUGGCACAAUGUCGCCAAGCCUAUCAUCCACACAUCCACAGACCAACAGUCAACAAAACUAUCUUAAACACAAACACUAUACAGUGCCCUCACUCUCUAUUCCAACGUCGUCCUAUUCGGCGCCAGCAUCAAGCACCUCCACACCAACACCAAUCUCGCCAAACACCUCCACUUCAUUCUCACUCAACAAUUCCAAUACGAACAGUUCGAUCAAGUACAGCAAUAGUCACAGUAGUAACAAGUCAAAUCUGACAUCUUCACUCAAUUCACAAAAUUACAACAACAAUAGUAGUAAUAUAUAUAAUAAUAGUCAGCAGUAUUCAUAUACAAAUACACCCAUAUCACCUUUACAACAGCAACAACAACAACAUCAACAACAACAGCAGCUACAACAACAACCAAAACAAAGUGUCUAUGAAAAAGUACUACAUAUAUUUCAUUUUAUAUUAUCAGCCAUAUUGGCGUUCAACAUCUUCAUAUUGAUAUCAAAACACUUUUUCUCGAAAAUCUAUCAAUGGAGUGGCGAUGGAAGUUCACUCAACAACCUUUUGAUUUUUAUAUAUCCACUACAUCUGGUUUUUGCAGCGAUGCUUUUCUUUAUUUUAAUUCUACAGUCAAAGGUACGAUCGUUGUUUCUCGACAGUAAAUCUCUUCGGCUCAAUAUACAUGGUGACAUUAUACAGAAGCUAGAGGUGCUGAACAACAAAGCCAAUUCGAAACAACCGAGACACCAGACUUCGCCAUCUCCAUCAACACCAUCCUCACCUAAAUCAUUCCCACAACUCCCAGAGAUAAUACAGCUCUUGGAAUUGAUAAAAGUUCCAAACUCUGCCUCUUUUUCACAAACCCUCGACUUUAUAUUGUUGGGUGUAGCCAGCUCAGGACUAAUCAACAUAACCAUGAUUCAAACCUAUUUCAACCCAAGUGAUGAGCAAGUUUAUCAAGAUUCAAUAUUUAAUAUUUGUUCAGCUAUAGAAUUUCUGGUUGCAGGUAUUAUAUUCAAUUUUGGAAAUUGGGAUGAGUCAAAACAACAACAAACAAAAAACAAUAAUUUAUCAUCGAAAAAAUCUGGAAAUGAAUAUGGAAGCGGCACAUCUAGUAGCCAACAUUCGAAACAACAGCAACAAAAGCAACAACAGAGAUCUACCAAGAGUUCAUCGACACUCGGUGUUCUGAGGUCGUUUAUUGCCAAAAUGUAUUUAUGUCUUUCGUUUGUAUUUAUUCUCUUGGUGGCUCGUACCUUUUAUGAGCCACUCGGCAAAAUCAUACCGAGUUCAAUCAACAAUGGUUUCGGUGAUAUUUCGUUCUACUCGUUUCAAUCACCGGUGUUGGUGAUCAUCUACUUUUUGCAAAUCGUUCUCCUCGUUCUCGAGUACUACGAGCGAAGCUCUUACCGGCUGGCCACAUUCAUAUUGGCAACGAUAUUCGUUUGGCUCACCACCUUCAACUCCUACCAUCUCACCGUCAAACUAUUUGAAACGUUCAAUCUCGAGAAGCUCAUUCUACGACGUUGGAUCAAAUCCAAUCCGAUGAUGGGAUUCCUAAAUGAUACGGAUAUUCAACCACAACAAGCACCAUAUCUUCACAAAAUAUCUAAAUCUUUUGAGCUACUUGCACAAAUGUCAAAAGAAUGUCUAUUCUAUUCUGAAUUAAAGGCUUUGAAACCAAGUGAUUGCGAGAGAGCAGCAUUUAAUAUGGAGACUCUACUUGAAGAAGUAAUUUCCAAUCCAACGAUUCGUAAUUAUUUCGAAGAGAAAGAGUUGGAUCUUUGUUAUUUACUAUCACCAAACAUUCCUCUACAUUUGAUUGGUGAUUCUCACAAGCUAAAGAACAUCCUGUUGAGAUUGCUAAACAAUUCUCUAAAGGCAACCUAUCAAGGUGAGAUAGUUAUUCGUGUCACUAUGCUAACCGAACCGAAACCAAAUGAAGAGAUCAUCAUUUCAUUCUCUGUUACUGAUACCGGUUGUGGUAUCGAUGCUGAAAAUGUUCCGUUCCUAUUUCAACCGUAUGCAAUGUCACAGUAUGGAUACGAUAGCGAGAGUCUAGGACUGGGAUUGGCCAUCUGUAAACAACUGUCGACACUGAUGGGCGGAUCUAUCCGGUACUCCAGCAACACACCGGAGGGCGCUGUGUUUACACUGUGCCUGCCGUUCGUAACACAGCAUCUCUUCAAACCACAUCCCUCAUUCAAAUGGGGAACCUCUCACAAAGUUCUCAUCAUCGAUGACAACAGUAACAUUACAUCGGCCAUAGAAAUGCAUUUGGAUCCACUCGGUUUCAACGUUAUCAAAGCUCACAAUAUCAGUCAAGGUAUAUCAAUCAUCAAAAGUUCAAAAGAUUUAAGUAUUAUUUUCUUGGAUUCAAUGUUACCUGGUUUGAAUAUAGAUGAAAUCAAACAAUUAAAAUUUGAUCCAACAAAGACCAUAAAGAAUCCACCAUUGGUUUUGAUGUGUACUAAUAAGCAAAGAAAAUCAUAUUCCAAUCAAGGAUUACAUUUUCUUUUUAAACCAAUUAAAAAAGAACAACUUCUUACAAUUACACAUUCAAUUGCUACAUCACCUUCAAACAAUGUACAUAUACCAAAUACACACCAAUCAAGCAGCUAUCCAGCCAAUUCUUCGCCAAAUGCGAUGUCUUCCUCUUCGAUUUUCCCACCAUCAACUUCAAAGAGCAGUUCAACGCCAGGUACACCUCUUACAAAGCAGACUAGUCUGCCAAACAAAAUGUUUUACUCCAAGAAUAGCUCUUCAGGAUCACAAGUACCGAACCGAAUCAGCCAGGGUCUGUCUUCGUCGUCAUCGUCAUCCACAUCGAAUCCACCAUCGCCUCAGACCAAGAUAACACUCUCGGGUGUUGCUCCCCUAAAUGGUGGCUCGAUACUCAACACUAGCGGAUCCUUCUUUAGUCCUAUCACACCUUCACAGUCUCCGAGUUGCUCACCCUUGACCUCACCAAUACUGAGACCCAACGGUGGACUUCAAAAUCCAUCGUCUUCAAACAGUGGAUCCUCUCACUUGAUGGUUCUCUCUCCACAACAGGAGCGUACCAGCCCGUUGGAUAACAGUAUAUUCAACAGCAGCUACGAUCAACAGAGUUUGGGUCUGGUGCCAAACGGUAUGUCUUCGAGUGGCGGUUGUGGCGGUGAGGACGAGAUAUUGUCUGACCCGUUGGAAUGCUCACCAAACUCUGUGUCACCAACACAAAGUCCAAAAUUAGAUUCCACUUUGCGUCAGCUAAACAGUGUUUCCGAGACAGAAUCAGAGAGUGAACAACUAGCUGCAGCUCAACAAGCAGCAGCACCACCAGCAGCAUCAGCAGCACCAACUCAAAAGGUAACUCCAGAAACUCUAACACCAGUGAUCACCCACAAACAAGAAUUCAUUGAACAAAAACAGAACCAAUCUCAACAGUCGACCGGUAAUAAUCCACAGCAGCAGCAACAACAACAGACUAGCACCAAUGUAAAUAAUAUCAAUAUACUCUUAGUUGAGGACAACCCAGUCAAUGCAAGAAUUGCAACCACUGUACUACAGAAAUAUAGUUUCAAGGUUGAACUGACAAGCAAUGGUCAAAUAGCAUUGGAGAGAAUCAAGCAAUCGCACGGCUCAUUCGAUUUGAUUCUAAUGGAUAUUCACAUGCCAGUGAUGGAUGGAAUCACCUGUGCUAGAAUGAUCAGAAAGUUUGAAGGUGAACACUCACUCAAACAGAUUCCAAUUAUUGCGCUGACUGCCGACACUUCUGCUGGCCACAAGAAUGUGUGUCUAGAGGCUGGUUGUAACGAAUUCAUGCCUAAACCACUUGACUACCCAAUACUGAUCAGUGUACUAAAGAAACUGUUGGACAACACCGAGGAAAUAGUCGAUACAAACAGUAAUCAGACAACCAACAACUCAAAUAGUAUUAUCUCAACAUCCGUAUAA